AUGGAUGACAUUCACGACCUGCAAGGCCUCACGCUAGAGGACCUUCGAAAACUCGACAAAGAUGCCCCGAAUGAUGUAAUUGAGAAAUUCCUCCCGCAAAGGCCUCAAGCCUCCCUCACCACCUUCGCUCCCCGCCUGCGCAUCUACAACAACUCCAUUUUGAUGCCAUCGAUACCCUCUACCACGUCGGGACCCGUAGCGCGAACGACGAAGCGCGGUACUACGAUAAUCAAUUACGCUGAGGACGGGUACGAUGAUCUCGACGACGAAGACGACGAUACGCGACGGCGGCCGACGGGGUUAAGAAGCGCGAGGAGGGACGACUCCGUGGCGAAGCAAGACUUUUCCGACAAGGUGGGCAAGGAGGCCAACGAGCCCGUCGACGUUCCCGGCCAGUGGCGCGAGUGGAUGCUUAGGACGAAGAUGCUCCGCAGCGACAGGCAAGGCGCGGCCCAGUCGGACCUCCCCCUGACCCUCAUCCCCAUCCGCAUCGACCUCGAAGUCCCCAGCUUCAUACCCCAGCCUCCGUUCCCGCCUCCGCCCAAUGGCUACGAUCCAUCGCUGCCACAGUAUCGCCCUCAGGAGACGACGCCACCUUACAGACUUCGGGAUUUCUUCCUGUGGAAUCUGCACGAAGCUCUCAUCACGACGGAUCAAUUCGCGUUGACGUUGGUCCAGGACCUGGACCUGCCUAACCCGCGCAUGCUUGCCAGCGAAAUCAGCAGGCAGAUCCGCACGCAGCUGGAAGAAUACGCGGGUGUGGCUCUGCACCCGCUCUUCCACGCGCAGCGGGAUCCCAAUGACGCCACGCAACGAACAGCCGUUCCCUCGAAAAGCGGUUUUAAUACCCCCAAAGAAGUCGGCGCGUCGACCCCCCUCCUCACAAAUACCCCUGCGCCCGAGAUCAGCGCAAAGGCCACCACCAUCACUCACGACAGCGACGACUUCAACCCCGACGAUGCCUAUCGCUGCAUCAUCUCGCUCAACAUCACGCUCGGCUCGACGCUCUACACGGACAAGUUCGAGUGGUCACUCCUCCAUCCGCCCGGCAUGGCCGACGCCUUUGCGAAGCAAACAUGCGCCGAUCUGGGCCUCCAUGGCGAAUGGGUACCCGCCGUCACGCACGGCAUCUACGAAGCCGUCCUCAAGCUGAAGAAGGAAGCCUGCGAAUCAGGCGGCGUCGUCGGCGGCUGGGGCGGUCUGCAGCAGGAAAUUGCUAACGACUCGGCCCACGGUGCAGAGGCGGGCAUGCGCUACGAUCCGGAGAACCUGGGCGCCGAGUGGCAGCCCAACUUCGAAGUCCUCACCAAGGAGGAGAUGGAGAAGCGCGAGGGCGACCACGAGAGGCAGCUUCGGCGGCUGCGGCGCGAGACGGCGCGGUUCAGCUCCACUUCGGGCCUCGUCGGCGGCGUGCCCUUCUCCGGCUUCGGGACCAUGGUCGAGGCCGAGGAGGAGCGUAUGGGUCGUGGUGAGAGGAACAAGAAGAAGAGGAGGCAGCUGAGGAGUAGUUUGAGCCCGCAGCGGUCGGGGACCCCCGGUGGAAGGGGCACGCCGGAUGUUGGACUCUAUGCCAUAACUGCGGCUACCUCUACGAGCGCGACAAGCGCCUGCCUUUCCUCAUGA